AUGGCGCUGGCGAUAAAGCUACCCCAGGACCGGAAACGUGUAAAAGUCUACGAAUUACGAGAUAAUGACUGGUUUGACCGCGGAACGGGCUUUUGUACGGGCGCGAUUGUCGAGGACAUGCCCCGGAUAUACGUCGAGUCGGAAGAUGAAAAGGGUCGAUGUCUGCUGAACACAACUAUCGGAAAAGAGGAAGGAUAUCAGAAGCAACAAGAUACCCUCAUUGUUUGGACCGAGACCAAUGGAACCGAUAUGGCACUUAGUUUUCAGGAGGCCGAUGGAUGUGCUGCAAUAUGGGAAUACGUCAGUAGUGUCAGGGACCACCUGAUCGCUUUGGCUGGAGAUGAUGCCCUCUCUGACGAAGCCAUCGAGGCCUACCAUCAGCCUAUAAUGCUUCCGCCGCCAACCCUCGGAAACCUUCCCGACAUCGAAGCUGCAGUGCGCGCAGCUAGUCUAUCGCAGGUUGGUCGCGAUGCGCUGGGAAAGUUCGUCCUCAGCGAAAAUUACAUCGAUAAACUCAUACCAUUGGUCUCGGAUGCUGAGGACAUGGAGAGCCUGCCCGACCUUCACCGCUUGUGCAACAUUAUGAAGUCCCUGAUUUUACUGAACGACAACAUUAUCAUAGAGCAUGUGGUUACAGAUCCGAUCAUCAUCGGCGUGGUUGGCGCACUCGAAUAUGACCCUGACUUCCCUACACACAAAGCCAACCAUCGGCAAUAUCUCCAAGACCAGUCCAGAUACAGAGAAGUGGUUCCUAUGAAAGACCCUGUCAUUCAAAAGAAGAUCAGGCAGACAUGGCGAUUGCAGUACCUCAAAGACGUUGUUCUUGCGCGCAUCCUCGACGACCCCACGUUUUCGGUCUUGAAUUCUCUGAUAUUCUUCAACCAAGUCGAUAUAAUCAACCAUAUUCAAACCAACGCUGCGUUCUUAAAGGAACUGUUCGCAAUAUUCGAUCCACGGAAUACAGACCAACGACGCAAAGACGACGCCGUUUGUUUUAUUCACCAAUGCGCAUCCAUUGCAAAGAAUCUACAAGCACCUGCACGUGCCACAUUAUUUUCUCAGUUUAUUGGCCACGGCCUGUUUCCGGUCAUAGCAUUUGCCGUCAAACACCCUAAGCCGCCAAUGCGCACAACUGGUAUCGAUAUUCUUGUAGCUCUGCUAGAUCAUGAUCCCAUCAUGAUGCGAGGCUAUAUGUUGAAGGCGAUUAACGAGAAGAAAACGCCGCUCACCGAUACAUUGAUCGACUUGUUGCAUACGGAACAGGACCUCGGAGUCAAGAAUCAGCUCGCCGACGCUAUCAAGGUUCUACUUGACCCACAGAUAACCAUACAUGAUCCCAUGAACCGGGCUGGUGGCGAUCUUUCCGGCAAGGCUCGCUCGGCACAUCAACUCCCUGAUGCCUUUGUACAAAUCCACUUUGAUGAAUCCGCCAAACGACUUUUCACCCCUUUGAAACAGCUUGAAGGUCGUGCUAGUGUUGCCGACUUGACUUUCCAAGAGGUCACCCUUUACGCCCAUUUAGUAGACAUUUUGACAUUCUUCGUUCGACAACACCUGUUCAGGAGUCGUAAUUUCAUUCAUUCAGACAAUCUUACUCCUCGUGUGGCACAGCUUUUGACUGUGCCACAGAAGCAUCUAAAGCUCACUGCUUUGAAAUUCUUCCGUACUCUUGUCAGCCUUCAGGAUACUUUCUACCUCGCGCAGUUGACGCACAACAAUACUUUUGGGCUUAUUCUUGAUAUCGUCCAUGAGACAAUGCCCCGUGACAACCUGCUGAAUUCGGCAUGCCUCGAAUUGUUCGAAUUCAUCAAGCGUGAUAAUAUUAAACCUAUCAUCACCCAUGUUGUCGAGAAAUACCGCGAGAAACUAAAGGCUAUCACAUAUGUCGAUAUAUUUGAAAAGCUAAUACAGCGCUACGAUGAGUUGCAAGGAUAUGGAUUCGAAGCCGAUGCUACGCUUUUCAGCCAGGAGGAAAUUCCACCCUCACAACGUGGCGUACUCAAUGGUCAGCGUUGGCAAGGCGUGCGCGAACCGGAUGCUGCCGAGGAGGAGUAUUUCAACGCCUCGGAUGAUGAGGAAGAGUGGCCAUCCGAUACCCGGCAGGAAGGACUGGCUAUCGUCAAUCAAACGGCAUCGCAUGUCAGACUGGUGGAUUAUCCCGAUGAUGACGACGACGAAGUGAUGGAUGCGAAGUCAGAAACGAUAGUCGCAGGCAAGCAAGAAAUCGAGCUACCUGAACGUGGUCUCGUCGAUACAACCACGUCUCCAACAACGCCCUCCUCAUCUCAACAUCCUCCAGAAAGACUUUCCGAGAAACGUCGCCGCGAUGAAGACGACGAAGAUGAGCUGGGUCGGCUCGCUCAAAACGGAUCUAAGCGUCGCAGUUCUAGCGCCAGCUCUACUGCAUCAAUGUACUUUCUCCGUCGACAGAAUUCGGUUGAUCGCAAUCUCAAGAACUCGGUGAACAACGAUACUUCGACAGCAAAUGCAACCCCGAAGAAAAUUGCCAUCAAUCUCAGUUCAGCCUUGAAAUCUCAUGUUACCGUUGAAGCGGAGGCCAUCCAACUCAGUGAGUUUGACGAACAGGCGACCAACGGCGAAGAACACAAGGAGACCAAUGCGAAUGAAGGUGAAACCGAAACUCAAAGCUCCUGA